ACCAAGUGACGCUUCGAUAUUUAGUCGUCGUGACGUUACUUGUCGUUCGGCGUUUUUGAAUUUGUCGAUUGGUGUUAUUUUUUGUUUUACGAAUCUUAACCUAAACGAACAGAUUACCCAUCGUUUUUCUUUUUUAAAUGAUAACAUCUAAGUCCUGAACUACCGAACGUCUGAAACCGGAGUCGUUAUAUUUAUAUUCAUUCCUUUUUGUAGUUUCGAUUGAUUCAUUUCUAACUUUAUUUCUAGUUUCCGAGAACCGUUAAUAUGAAUUAAUAGAGUUCAUUCACAUCAGUCAUCAACCCAUUCAACUUGAGAUAUUAUGGACCUGCUCAAGAAGUAUUUCAAUAAUGAUUCUUUAUUUCGUUUCUUUUCAGAUUAUGUUAUACAUUUUAAUUAUAUAAAUGAUAAACCAAUUCCUUCAGUCCUGGCACCUUUAACAAUUACUUUAUUCUGUUAUUAUGUCUAUAUUUAUGUGAGAAAAUUUUAUCCUAUUUAUGUCAACUGUUGGUUUUGCAAUGCCAAUUUUAAAGUUGCUUUUGAGGACCGAUUUGAAUAUUCAUGCAUUGAAUGUGGACAAUUUAAUGGUUUUAAAGAGGAUGGAAGCUAUAGCAAAUUAAUUCCUGAGCAACACGAUCAAAGAUACAACAGGGGAAUUUUCUCUGUAGUCCGAGAGGAUGUUAAGGAAAAUAAAAAUGGUUUAUGUAAUAAAUGCAACAUUAUUCAAGAAAUUAAAGUAAAACAGUUAGCUUGUUUUAUUCCUACCAAUGAAAAGUACUUUGAUAGGGAAAUCGAAAAAUUCAAGGAAAACUUAGAAGCAACAUUAACAUUGUGUUCUAAGUGCAAUCAAUAUACACAAAAAAUACUAUCAUUGCAGGAACAACGUUACAACUUGAAAUCAAAUAAAAUAAAUAUUAAUCACAAGGAUAUACAAAAUGCUGAUGUCUGGCCUAAUAUAUGUUCACUGUUUUUAUCAUUUAUUGUAUUUGUACUAUCUUCUGGUGUCGAAAAUUAUUUGGAUGACUGGCCAAUUCAAUAUUUAAAUUCAUUGACUUCCAAAAAUCCUAUAACAUUAACACUUUUAAUUGGAAUGAUUAGCUUAGGUGGUAUAUUGUGUCAAGCUUAUCACAGUUUGAGCACAUUUGACAAAUUAAGUGCCAUAACUAUGUUCCUAUGGUCAUCAUUGUGUGCUUUUAAUAAUUUUGAAAAUGUUGCAUUUUUAAAACCUAAACUUCUUCUCAUUUCUGCGAUUAUUAUACUUCUAUCGUCAUUAUCAGUACUUAGAAAUUUGACCAAGAAACAAAAUAUUGAACAAACAAGUAUUAAACUAGAGGAUGAAAAAUACAAAAUUUAUAAUACAAGUGCAAAUGGAUCAUAUAAAAACAAUGAUAAAUCGGAAAUGAUGGACAUUGAUCACUUUGAAGAGUUACCUAAGAGUCAAAAAAAGACAUUGAACAAGACUGUCGAUAAUCUGUUUCAAGGGUUGAAACUCAAUGAAAACCGUGGCGUCAAAAAUAAUAUACUUCGACCACCAAAGUUUUCAAUGCCUGUUAAACGUGACAAGUUUGCAGGAUAUGCUGAGUCUUCUCCUGGAUAUUAUUCGUCGUAUUCUGUGAAAGAUGAUUAUGAUUUUGAUACGCAGAGCAUUUAUACUCAACAAGGUUAUAGACCACAGUGUUCACCGUUGUGUCACCAGCCAGUUUCACCGUAUACAUAUUAUGCUCUACCACACCACCAAAAUAGUCCUAUGAACUUAUCGCAUUCAUCAAAUGCUUCAAGUAUACAGCACACUUCAGAAUGGCCAAAGAUGUUGAUGUACUCAAUUCCUGGAGUUAUAUUACUUGCUCUACAAUGUUACCUAUUGUAUGAUAUUAAAGACUACAUGAAACAAAAGUGAGAUUAGAUUUAAAUUUUUAUCUUAAUUUAAUGAACUAGACAUUAUUUUGUAAAUAUUAACUGUAACACUGCUUUUGUUUGUCUCUUAAACAUGUUAAUGUAUUAGUGUUCUUAAUGUAUAAAGACUGUUAACAUUUAUCAUUGUUUUUGUUAACACUAUUGUAAGCAAUUUUUCUGUUAGUUUUUUUUCU